AUGGUGACGUCAGAUGAAGGUAAUUUUAUUGUUCAUGUUGUAAAAGCAGAAGGAUUAGUCAGCAAAAAGAAUCAACCACUAAAUGUGUCGGUUAUCUUAAAAGUUACUGGUAAAGGAUCAUGGAAAAGUGAAGUAUCCACUGAUCGUAUUACAACUAAUAAUGGUACUGUUCAAUGGGAUCAAAGUUGUGAAUUUAACCUUCAACCUGAUGAUACAAAAUUAACAAUAGUGGUAGAAAAUUAUUCAAAGGUUGACUCAUCAUCAUCAUCUGAAGUAUUGGCAAAUAUGACAUUUUAUCUACAAGAAUUAAUUGGUUUUGAAGAACCAUCUUGGUUUCCAUUAAAAAAAAAAAAGAAUGAUAUAAAAGAGAGAGGGAAAAUAAUGAUUAGUUUUAAAUUUAAUAGGUCUCUUGUUUCAGCUGUUUCAAUGUAUUCUUUAAACUCAUUUGGAAUUAAAGAAAGUCGCAUGGAUAAAUUAAAAAGAAAAAUACAUUUUGGAAAAAAGAAAAGUAAAGAUACACAAUCAUUAGCAUCAUUUAGUCUUUCGAGACGUGGUUCUUAUUCUUCAAUAUGUUCUGAUGCUUUAGCAUUUGGUUCAGAUUCACCUGUACCACCUGGGGUAGAAGAUAGAUCUAAUUAUUCUAUAUCACGUAAUCCUUCUUUAACACAAUUACAAUCUAUCAAUAAUUCUAAAACUUUACCACCUCAACAAAAAAAUUCAAUAAAAGAAUCUUCUUUUGGUAGUAAUAAUUUUUUAAAAAAAAAUAUUUUUUCAUCAAAAGGAAAAAGUAAAAGUAAUAUGACAUUUGAAGAUGUCUAUGAGGAGAAAUGUAAUUUACAACAUCAAAAAAGUAAUCAUCCUGAUAAUACAAAUAUUUAUAAUACUAUAUCAACAGAUAAGGGUUAUCCAUCCCAAGAUAUUAAUUCUUUAAACUCAUCAUCAGGCGUUACAUCACAAGCAGAUAUAACAUUAUCAAAAGAAGAAAUGUUAUCUAUCAUUCAAGAACUUCAACGAGAAUGUUCUUUAAAGGAUGAAAAAAUUACAGCAUUAAAAGGAUAUAUGGAAGGGCUUUUAACAAAAAUUAUUAAUACUAACCCUGAAAUACUACAUGUGAAUGGUUCAAAAAAUUAA